AAGCAAAGAAGAAAGACGUCAGUAGGGCUGUUAACUACUGAGCAAACAACAUGAUAUGACAAAUAAAUAGUGGAGAGAUGACACAGUAAACUUAGCCAACAACAAAUUGAGCGGGGUGGAUUUGUAGGCUACUUUGUGAACAGAGGUGGACAGCUCCCCUUCCUUUAUGAUUCUUAUGACCAGAUGGCAUUGAUAACGGUACCUGCUUACAAUGAACUAACUCGUGAACCCCGCUGAAGUAAAAAACUCAAACCUUGAUCUUCAAUAAUUUAUUUAUUGAGGCACCAGCCAUCCAUGUCCAGGUGCUGUUUUAGCCGUCCAACUCAAACCUGAAACAUGAUGGAUAUCGGCGCCAGCGCGGACGCCGACGAACGCAACAACGACACCGAGACGACGAUCAUCAUAGAGGACGGUACAGAAGGCGAGGCGACGACACACAACGGACAUGUGACGCCACAAGGGGACAAAAACCACCAGCACCAGCAUCAUAACCACCACCACCAGGGGGCAGCGAGGAAGCGUGGCGCCGGGGGCAGUGGUGGUGGUGGCGUCACCAGUUCUGGGAGACACAAUAAGUCUGGGGUGCUGCUGGAGACAGAGACAGGGGAGUCCGGGGACUUCCACAUGGUGGAUCAGGCGGAGAACGAAGUGGAGGCCAGGAAGAUCUACAACAAUUACAAGUUCGGACUCCGGAUAUGGAAAAGCCAUGUAUCGUCCAGGGAUCUCUCAACCAGAUCUGAAAUCGUUCAGUCAUUGUACAGUGACGUCAGCAAAUAUCAACCAGUCAGCGUGAAAGUGUCAACCCUGCGGGUGUCCAAUGUGAUCUAUUGUGUGCUAGCUGGCUCAUGGCUUUCCCUCUUGUAUCUGAUCCUGGGAGCCCUAAUGUACGCCACCGUCAUUGGCAAGGACUAUGGAAAGCGGGAGCCGUCACAGCGAGAUCAUUAUGUACACACACCAGUCGUUCAAUUUCUACUACUACAAGUACACAGUGGAUGGGGUCAACGUGAUACUAUGGUGAUCGGGGGUCUGAAGUACCGGCGACAGCACUUCAACCCAAAGUCCGCCAACAUUAGCUCUUCGCUGCUUUUUGUGGCUAUCAUUGGUGUGUUCGCCCCGACCAUCUUCUCCAAGAUCUACGGGAACCUGGAGUGUGACCGCUGUGAGCAGCACACGCCAUACAACAGCUCCGUGACCAACGCCACUGGCUUCCUGUGCUCUGGCUGUAAGACUGUCGUGGAAGGCCUGGACCACAGCACCAGCCUGUACAGCGCCCAUGUGGAGCCGCUGGUCUACGCAUGCGCACUCAUCCUGCCUAUAGCCUACCUCAUAGGGUUGAUCUUCUCAAUGAAGACCCAUACAGCUGAUAUCUUCGAAGAUUUUGAGAAUCAGCAGAAGGAGGAAGCCAAUGGGAUUCAACGCUGUGUUCAACGACAUUCAUCUGUGGGCGGUUAUCUUCGCCAUCAUCAUCAUCAACUACAUCUUCCAAGACGGCAAAAGUAACUACUUCCAAG